UUUAUGUUCGGCUUUCCAAAACAAAAUUGACGGGACUUCUGAGCAUGCGGUGGUAUUCCACUGAUCUAUAUUGGGCAUGAGUAUUUAGAGUUUUUUUAAAUGUCUGGUGACUUUUAGGAGAUUCAACAAAAAUAGUUUGGACUAUAAAUUUCACUAAAAUUAAAGAAAACUCAUGAUUCAUCAGCUUAAAAAGUAAUUAAUUCUAAUUAGGUUUUAAUUUAUUUUUACAGACUUGUGAUCAACUUCAUGAGUCUCCUAUAAAAAGGUUUAUCAUGGUGACUAGAGCUAUGGAAGCUUCAAAUUCAUCCAUAUCAGAUUUUAAUCCAUUUCAGUGUGAUGAAGUUACAAGCCCUUAUGAGGAGGAAUGGGAAUCCUUGUUCUCAGGUGUAGGCUAUCUAAACCGAUUAAAAUCUUCUGCAAUUAAAGGUAAACUUCAAGCUUCUCACUUUCGGAGCGUUUGUUGGAAGUUAUUUCUUCGGUGUCUGCCAGAAAAUCGUCAGCUAUGGAUUGAAACUGUGAAAUCUCAGAGGCAGCAUUAUGAGGAAAUCAUGGAUAAAUUUGACACCAAUCCACGGAAUGUUAAUUCCUUAGAUGUUACUGUUAAUAAUCCAUUAUCGCAAUCGCAGCAGAAUCCAUGGAAUCAAUAUUUUAUGGACGCAGAGCUGAAAGUAACCAUACACCAAGAUGUUGUUAGAACAUUUCCAGAGAUAGAAUUUUUCCAUACACCUAAUAUUCAAAAAAUGAUGUGCAAUAUUCUGUUUUCUUACGCAAGAGAGUUUCCACAUGUAUCCUAUAAACAAGGCAUGCAUGAACUUCUUGCUCCUAUUAUAUUUGUGCUUCAUUAUGAUCAACAAGCAUAUUUGCAAGCUUCUGAAAUAGACAGCUUAGAUUUGGAAAUUCAUAUUCUACUGAAUCAAAAUUAUAUUGAACAUGAUGCCUUCUUUAUGUUCUGUCAGUUAAUGGACUCUGUUGAACCUUGGUAUACUAUGACUGAUUACUCUCAUUCUAAGUAUGCUAAGCAAAUUGCUACAGAGCCGUUUUCUCAGAGCAUUGUAGCCCCUGGUAAUUUGUUAGGAAGAAAGCUGAAAAGAAUUUAUGAGCAGCUUUUGAAACAUCAUGACUUAACAUUAUUUUCAUAUUUUGAGCAAUUGGAAAUCACUCCUCAGAUAUUUGGAAUUCGAUGGUUGAGAUUAUUGUUUGGAAGAGAAUUCACGAUCCACGAUUUACUCAUUGUAUGGGAUGCUAUUUUUGCAGAUAGUAUUACUUUUCAUUUAGUUGAUUACAUAUUUGUUGCCAUGCUCAUCUCAAUAAGAGACUUAUUGCUUAAAGGUGAUUAUGCGACGUGCUUAAGUCAUCUGAUGCGUUUUCCAAAUGUUGUGGAUGCGCAUUAUAUUGUUGACCUAGCAUUGCAUUUACGAGAGCCAGAUCGCAUAAAGAUGCCAGAAAGGAAGAUUGUAAAUCCUCUACAGCUACGAGCAUCAAAAGACUCAAAGCGUGCCGAAAAUAAAAGUGUAUCCAAAAAUUCCUAUCCUGGCAUUGCUAAACCAGUUAAGUCGCAAACCAUUUCUAAUAAAGCUAUAGAAACUCGACCAAAAUCCUUAAGUAUUUCCAGCGUCAAUGUAUUGCGAAGUAAUAGUACAGAAUCUUCUCCAACAAGUGCUCGAACUAAAUCAUCUAGUCUUAGUGAAAGAAAUUCUAACGCUCCUUCCUCUGAUCCUGAUGAGGUAUCAUGUUCUGAAUUUCUUGACUCAUCUGUGUCAUAUACUGAAAGUAAGGGUGCUUCAUUUACCUUACCUCGAACACGCAUACGUAAUGUAAUGGAGAACAGAAACCAUAAAUUUCGACCAUCUGAUAUAACUCAAUCUCUUGGUAAUUACAAUGAGAAAAGUUCGUCUUCUGAAGCUACAUUCCGCGAAAUGGUUCCUCUUGUUCCAUCAUCAUCUAAUCAAACUUUGACUCAUGUUGAAUACCUUUCUAAAAGAGAGUGCAAGCCAACGUUAAAAGAAGCAAAUGAAGAAAUAAAAGUCCUGAAAUCAAAAAUUUCAGAAUUAAAAUUAAUGAACGAAUACUGUACAGAAGAAAUAACUCAACAUUUGGAAAAGUUGCAAGAAAGUAUGGUGAAUCAAAAAUUGCAACAUGAAGAUGAAAUGUUCAUUGCCCUAGCUGGUAUAAAAAGGGUCCGAGAUAUAUUAAAGGGAACUGUUAGCUUUACUGAAGAAGUCCUUGGUGAUAAUCUGAUUCCAUAUUGUGUUUCUUCUCCUGGUUCCUCCAAACUAUAUAAGGAUAUUUCUGUGGUGGAAAAAACUGAGAUUAAAAAUGCUAAUAUCCCAUGCUCUAAAAUUAGUGCUAAUAAUGUAAUCGAUGAAGUUUCAGCUGACGAAUCAUUUCAAAUUAUUGAUGUAAAUACUGAACUAUUUGAUUCUUAUGCCUCCACUUCUGUGAUAGAUGCUUUCUCUUCUCAUUCAACCCAAGAAAGUAAUUUUUUAGAUUCCUUUAAUGAAAGUUUAAACUUUGAAACAUAUUCCCGAAGCUAGUCUUGAAUCAUUAUGUUAUAAUUUCUUAAUGUAUCAUUUUUAAUAAGGGAAUUGUGAUAAACUAUUCAAAGAAUAUUUUUUUAAUUUAUUGUUGAGCUUUGUAUCGUAUAUGGCACUAAUAAUUAGUAACAUGCUUUUCAUAUUACUCUACAUUUGCUGUUAAUUAACAUUAAAGUGUAUUUUCAGAAUUUACGGGAUUUCUUGCUUUUCUUUUGUGUGAAUGGUUACGUCCUAAAAUUAACUAGACAGGAUUUUUUUUUAAAAACCAAAAGUUGCUUAUUUUCUUGUAUUUAUAAAGAUGUUUCCUAUAAAAUGAUUUUCCCAUAUUUAUUAUUUUUUAUUUACAUUAGAAAAUAUAUUUAAGUGAAAAAAGGGAAUGCUUAAUUGUAUUUAUCAGGCUAUUCUCAAACAUGGCACUUCACUAUCAUGUCUUUGAAAGUUCCUAACAUUAUAUUUUGAAUGUGUAAGUAUUCAUUAUAAAAACUUAAAGGGUUUCCAUAGCUCGCAAAAUUCACAUUUUAAAUCCUUGUUUUUCAAUUUGUAGACUUAGAAAUAGUUUUUUGUUGAAAGUUUUACUGUCAAAACCAAAUGUUUACUUGAUUUUAAAUUGUAAAU